ACAACAUCCACACAAACUCGUCAGCUGAGCUCAGAGCCUCAGUCUGGAAGCAGAACAAGUCGCACAUCGUUCAACAAACAGCCAUGCACUUUCUGCUCAAAUUUGCGUCGCUGGUUUUAGCGGUAUCCGUCUGCCACGGGUGGCUCUUCGGCGACUUUGUUGGAAAACAGAAAGAGCUGGAUGAAAUCUCUCUCUGGCCGCUACCGCAGAAAUUCCAGUCGUCCGCGGUCGCUUUUAAACUCAGCCCCGCCAGAUUUCAGAUCGUCCACGCGAAAGAGUCCUCCGCCGGACCGAGCUGCAGUCUACUGGAGAAUGCGUUUCGCAGAUAUUUUGACUACAUGUUUGGCGAACUGAAGAAGCACGAGAAGAGCCGAAAGAAAGCGUUUGAUUCCGAUCUUGUGGAGCUAAAGGUAUGGAUCACAGCAGCUGAUCCGGAGUGCGACGGUUACCCGAGUCUGCAAACCGACGAGUCAUAUGAGCUGUCAGUCGACGAACCCUCUGCUGUACUGAAAGCUGCUAAUGUAUGGGGAGCUUUGCGAGGACUGGAGACAUUCAGCCAGUUGGUCUAUGAGGAUGACUAUGGAGUUAACAACAUCAAUAAGACAGUAAUCUCAGAUUUCCCACGGUUUGCCCAUCGAGGGAUCCUCCUGGACUCGUCUCGCCACUUCCUGCCACUCAAAGUCAUUUUGGCCAAUUUGGAAGCUAUGGCGAUGAACAAGUUUAACGUAUUCCACUGGCACAUUGUGGACGAUCCGUCAUUUCCUUAUAUGAGCCGCACUUUCCCUGAGUUAAGUCAGAAGCGAAAGGGAGCCUUUCACCCAUUCACACAUGUGUACACUCCAUCUGACGUGAAGAUGGUCAUUGAAUUUGCCCGUAUGAGGGGGAUCCGGGUCAUCCCGGAGUUUGACACACCAGGACACACAGAGUCAUGGGGCAAUGGCAUGAAGGAUCUGCUAACACCCUGUUACAGUGGUUCUACUCCUUCUGGAACAUUUGGGCCCGUGAACCCCAUCUUAAACUCCUCUUAUGAGUUCAUGGCCCAGUUUUUCAAAGAGAUCAGCACUGUCUUCCCUGAUGCCUACAUUCACCUGGGGGGAGACGAGGUUGACUUCAAUUGUUGGAAGUCCAAUCCUGAUGUUCAGAAGUUUAUGGAGCAGCAGGGUUUUGGCACAGACUACAGCAAACUGGAGUCCUUUUACAUUCAAAGGUUACUUGAUAUUGUGGCUGCUACCAAGAAAGGUUACAUGGUGUGGCAAGAAGUGUUCGAUAAUGGGGUGAAGCUGAAGGAUGACACUGUUGUGGAAGUGUGGAUGGGGAACAAGAUGGAGGAGGAGCUACAGAAUGUGACUGGGGCAGGAUUUACUACCAUUCUUUCUGCUCCUUGGUACCUGGACUACAUUAGCUAUGGACAGGACUGGCAACACUACUACAAGGUUGAGCCACUCAGUUUCCAUGGCACAGAUGCACAGAAGAAGCUGGUGAUUGGAGGAGAAGCUUGUCUCUGGGGAGAGUAUGUAGAUGCCACUAACCUCACUCCUCGACUCUGGCCAAGAGCCAGUGCUGUUGCUGAGAGGUUAUGGAGUGAUAAAAGCGUGACGGACGUCAGUAAUGCCUAUAAUCGUCUGGCCCAGCAUCGCUGCCGCAUGGUCAAGAGAGGCAUUCCUGCAGAACCUCUAUUUGUUGGCCACUGCCGUCAUGAGUACAAGGGCCUGUGAACUUCAGGAUUUAAUUCACGGUAGACAAUUAAAGGGAAUCGCAGGACAACAUUUUAAAGCGUCAAACCAUGUUAGCCAUUCCAAUACCAUGAUUUGCUGUUUUAUGCACUGAACCAGUUAUCCAAAACUUGAUUAUACAUUUUAAAUGGACACUUCUGGUGCAUCUGUAAAUUUUCUUAAAUGGUAAUGAAUAUUCGUGUGAAUAAAUGUGAUGGAAUUUGAAGUCUUUGAAAUUAGGUCUUCUUUUUAAUUACUUUCCAAAGCUAGGUAUAAGUGUUUUAUAAAUUAAAUAUUUAAAUAAACCAUGGCUGCAU